AUGGGAUACUGCUACGGCAACGUGAAGAUACACAAGCCUGGAAACAAACUAAGGCCCAUCAUAUCGCAAAUCCCCACGCCAACCUACACCAUCGCGAAGAGGCUGUGUGCUACGACACCUUAUGUACCAUCCACCUACAGCCUGACCUCAGCAGCUGACUUCCUUGACAUCCUCAAGUCAAACAACACGAAGGGAAACAUCGCUUCUCUGGAUGUGGAAUCAUUAUUUACGAACGUCCCUAUCGACCGAACCAUCGAAUACAUCUUGCAACGAGUUUAUCAUAAUGACGACACCCCGAGCCUAGACAUCCCUGAGCCAACGCUACGCAGCCUUCUUGAGUGCUGCACAAAAGAGGCAACAUUCACCUGCCCUAGAGGUAACAAGUACCAACAAGUGGAUGGUGUCGCCAUGGGCUCCCCGCUGGGAGUCCUGAUGGCGAAUUUCUUCACGGGGUGCAUAGAGGAAGAAGCCUUUAAGACCACCAAGAUACCUGACAUAUACUGCCGCUACAUCGACGACAUUUUCGUCAAAACCACUAGCACCGAGGACACCGAACAUCUCAGAAGACUCCUUCAAGAAUUAUCCGGAUUAAACUUCACCAUCGAGCAUAGCACCAACGGAUCCAUGCCUUUCCUGGAUAUCCUCGUCAAGCAAGAUCAAGACGCCUUCAACACUGCUGUCUACGUGAAGGCUACUAACCCAGAUCCCGAGAAGAAACUGAACAUCGUCAUAUACUACAAGAGCAAGAAAACAAGCCACCUAAUUAUGAGAAACAGCCCCCAAGAAGAAAAGACGCCUACACAGGAGUCGCAUGUUUGGCGUGAGUCCCCCUAUAGCCUGGUGGCCUCCAACACCCUGCUGGUGGCCUGA